AUGGCAAGUUGGAAAACCACCCUUCUACUUCUUACUCUUUUUCUCCUUUCUCUGUUUCUCGAGCUUCUCCUAGCUCAAGCUACCAUUAUCAAUUCCAUUGAUGGUGGUAUGAACAAGGGCUGCAUUGAGGUAGAGCGGAAAGCGCUUCUUGAAUUCAAAAAUGGACUGAAAGAUCCUUCAGGUAGGCUUUCUUCCUGGGUUGGUGCAGAUUGCUGCAAGUGGAAAGGUGUGGAUUGCAACAACCAAACAGGGCAUGUUGUCAAGGUUGACCUCAAAUCUGGUGGUGACUUCUCACGUUUGGGUGGUGGCUUCUCACGUUUGGGUGGUCCAAUUCCAACAUGGAUUGGAAACUUGCUGCGGAUGAAGAGACUUCACUUGUCAAACAAUCUAAUGAAUGGGACUAUUCCAGAAAGUAUCGGACAACUUAGAGAGCUAACUGAGUUGUAUCUUGAUUGGAAUUCUUGGGAAGGGGUAAUAUCUGAAAUUCAUUUCAGUAAUCUUACUAAACUGACAGAAUUCUCAUUACUCGUAUCACCCAAAAACCAGUCUCUCCGUUUUCAUUUGAGACCUGAAUGGAUUCCUCCCUUCAGUCUCGAAUCUAUCGAGGUUUACAACUGCCAUGUAUCUCUCAAGUUCCCCAACUGGCUUAGAACUCAAAAGAGACUUGGAUUUAUGAUUCUAAAAAAUGUGGGGAUUUCAGAUGCAAUACCCGAAUGGCUUUGGAAACAAGAUUUUUCGUGGUUAGAUCUUUCUAGAAACCAAUUGUAUGGAACGCUUCCCAACUCAUCAUCCUUUAGCCAAGACGCAUUGGUGGAUUUAAGUUUCAACCACUUGGGGGGCCCACUCCCACUUCGACUUAAUGUGGGAUCUUUGUAUCUGGGAAACAAUUCAUUUUCUGGUCCAAUUCCCUUGAACAUCGGGGAAUUAUCAAGCUUGGAAAUCCUUGAUGUUUCUUGUAACUUGUUAAAUGGCAGCAUUCCUUCAUCAAUUAGUAAACUGAAGUAUUUGGGAGUAAUUAAUCUCUCAAACAAUCAUUUAUCUGGAAAGAUUCCAAAGAAUUGGAAUGAUUUGCCAUGGCUUGACACUGUAGAUCUAUCCAAGAACAAAAUGUCUGGUGGGAUUCCGAGUUGGAUGUGUUCAAAAUCUUCACUUACUCAGUUGAUAUUGGGUGACAACAAUCUUUCUGGGGAACCCUUUCCAAGCUUACGAAACUGCACAGGGUUGUACUCCCUUGAUCUUGGAAAUAACAGGUUUUCGGGGGAGAUACCCAAAUGGAUUGGAGAAAGAAUGCCAUCACUGGAGCAGCUGCGUCUACGGGGUAACAUGUUGACAGGAGAUAUUCCUGAGAAAUUGUGUUGGCUUUCUCAUCUCCACAUUUUGGAUCUUGCAGUGAACAAUUUAUCAGGAUCCAUCCCACAAUGCUUAGGCAAUUUAACUGCUUUAAGUUUUGUGACCUUAUUAGACAGAAAUUUUGACGACCCCAAUGGUCAUGUCGUCUAUUCGGAGCGCAUGGAGCUAGUUGUAAAGGGACAAAAUAUGGAAUUUGAUAGCAUAUUGCCAAUUGUGAAUUUGAUAGAUCUUUCUAGCAAUAACAUUUGGGGAGAGAUCCCAAAAGAGAUCACAAAUCUCUCGACCCUGGGUACCUUGAAUUUGUCCCGAAACCAGUUGACUGGAAAGAUACCUGAGAAGAUUGGAGCCAUGCAAGGGCUAGAAACUCUUGACCUCUCAUGCAACUGCCUUUCAGGCCCAAUUCCUCCGAGCAUGUCUUCUAUAACCUCAUUGAACCAUUUGAACCUAUCGCAUAACCGCCUGUCAGGACCAAUUCCAAAAACCAACCAGUUCUCGACAUUCAACGAUCCAUCCAUUUAUGAGGCGAACUUGGGACUUUGUGGGCCUCCAUUGUCAACCAACUGCUCCACUUUAAAUGAUCAAGAUCACAAAGAUGAGGAGGAAGAUGAAGAUGAAUGGGACAUGUCAUGGUUCUUCAUAAGCAUGGGAUUGGGCUUUCCGGUGGGAUUUUGGGUUGUAUAUGGCAGUUUGGUUCUAAAGAAGUCUUGGAGGCAGGCAUAUUUCCGGUUCAUUGAUGAAACCAGAGAUAGGCUAUAUGUCUUCACUGCAGUGAAUGUGGCUCGUCUGAAAAGGAAGAUGGAAGCAAAUGGAGUUCAUGGCUAAAAAGCUCUUUUGCAGAGGGUGAUAAGGUUUCAAAAUAACAAACAUCAUACAAAAAGAAGAUUGAAUACAAUGAUGAAUUCUUAGUGGUAAUGAAGAUUUCUUUGGCACGAGUGUUUGAGAACUUAUCUUUGAAAUGUUGGCAAGCAAUUAUUUUUGUUUAGGUAGGUUUGUUAUUUGCAAAUUGUCAUUUAAGUAAGAAAAGUUGUAAUAUUAAGUUGGAUACUCA